GGUAGGGUAACCCUACCUGUGAAAUUUUGCUUGUAAACCCGGGCAAUCUUUGACCCGCCAGCUAGGGUAGCCCUAACACAAAGGUUACCCUCCUUGCUUGUAAACAGGGCCUAACGCUCUUUGGAGUCUGAGUAAGAGUGGUAGUGUGCCUCAGGGCUCCCCGAGAUAAUAACCGUAUCAUUUAACGACAUUCUUUCCGCUGUACAUCUAAGUGCUUGAGUUACUCGAAGCCGUCAAGGUAUUCAAAAUGCAUUUAGCAGCAUAUUCUCCUACCUUACCUACGAUGACCGUGGAACCAGACGCUGAUGGCUGCAAGCUGCAUAAUUCUUACGACUCACAAAGCUGCAUUGUUGCUGCAACUGGUAUUCUUCUGGGAUCGAUCAUUUGUUUCUUUGGAUACCGGAUAUUCAAGUUUAUGCUCUUCUUAGCUGGUUUCCUAACAGGAUUUUUCUUCACUUAUAUGUUUUGUUCUGGAUAUCUCGUGAAAUACCUGUCUGAGAAAGCUCUGGAGCACCAAGAUCAGAUUUUUCUUGGUGCCUCAGUUGCUGUUGGGAUCAUUGCUGGGUUAUUGACACUGUGUAUUUUUUAUCUGGGCCUUUUUUUACUUGGUGCAACCAUGGGAUGGUUUGUGGGCAUGGUUUGUCUGCCAUUUCUCUAUAAGCAGUCAGAGUACCUGUCUGAACACACCUGGCUGCCUUACAUUGUUCUUUGUGCUUUUGCCAUUGCUGGAGGAAUCCUUAUUCUCUGCAUACAGAAGGUGGUAACUGUGAUAGCCUCUGCAUUCCUGGGUGCAUUUGGUUGUAUUAAUGGCCUUGACUACUUUGUGGAGAACAGCAAAUCACUGUACUACUCGGUCAACAUUCUGCAAGGCCACUUUGACAAGUCAGCUUUGCCCACUUGUUGGUACACAUGGUUGAUUUUGUGUCUUAUCCCGCUAAUGUUCAUUGGUGGAUUGGCAGUGCAGCUUGGCAUCACUGGAAAAGGCAGAGAUCAUAGAGCAGCUUAUGGUAGACGAUCUCACGUGGGGACCUUUAUGCCGCUCCCAUGAGAAAUCAUGCAGAUGAGCAACCUAUUAUGGGAGAUGUUGACUAGAAGUCUUGUUCAGGAGGAAGUCACCUGCUCAAAAUUAGUUUUGUAGUAUCACUGAAUAUUUUCUAUGCAUUUGUUAACUUUGUGGGUACAAGUUUAUAACUUGGUGCACACUUUUUACCAAAAUUUUUUGCUCUCAAAAAUAAUUCUGAGAACAGUUUACCAAAGGUUUCUUUCAGGAAUAGGAUAUAGAUUUUUUAACGGUCAGGUAUAUACAUUCAAGGUAUGUGGAAAAAGGUACAAGACACUGAAAAAAGAAGUGUCUGAUAGUGAGCUGGUGAGAGGUUAAUUGAACUGUUUUUUUGUCUUUUUUAUAUAGAGUUUCAAUGAUACUUAUAAUGUUACAGUUAAAAAAAAGCUCACUUUUUUUAUCCAGUUUAGUCUUCUAGAUAUCAUAAGGCUGACUUUUUCAUGCCAACUAUUUUCUUUACACAUGCACAAAGAAACUAAGGCAAAGACAAGCAAAGUUUCAGUCAAAGUUAAAAAUGGAAGAGAAUUUUAACAAGGAAUUUUCAACACUGGUAAACUCUCAACAUAAUUGAGAAAAGGAGUUAUUUUUAUGAGCUAUUGGUAAUAGUUACUCAAUUUUUUUGGAUUAAAUUUGAACUAUAAACUAUACCUGAUGUUGAAAUUAUUGAUUCUUUCCUUUUUGAAACUUGGCAAAGGGUGAAAAGUAAUAUUUGAUGCGAAAUGGAGCUAUAAAGCAAUGUUUGCAGAUUGCCCACUCGUAAAUAAAUUUAAAUGGUGUUUCUUUUA